GCAGAAUGAAAUUGUCGCCACACAUAUCAGGAGGUGUGUAAUAUCGACAGUAUGCAGGUUUUUGAACUGAGUGUCUUGGCUGCCAUUGCUGUUCUCUUCAACAACCCAGCUAUAGCAAAACCAACAGAGUUGCAAUCGCAUCAAAACGAAAUAAAACGAACGAUUCAGUCUAACUUGGCUACAAGCAGACUAUAUCUACAGGGUCAUACAUCUAACAGAACGGUACCGGAAUCUGACGCAGGAUAUCCUUUGCCUACUGACUGGCAUUGUCUUUCUUUAACUCGAUGGCGUGACCUGGGAGAAAACUAUUACCCAAGAUUUAUAAAGCAAGAAUUAUGUACUUCAAGGCAAUGUUACAACGAUUUCUACACGUGCUUUCCGCAGUAUUACCCAUUAACAGUACUGAGAAAACGCCGUGAUAAUGAGGAAUCACGUGAAGAAACAGCCCUUCCUCUGCAGCUCAGAGAAAUGUGGGUGUUUGAAGUAAUAGAGGUGCCAGUGGCCUGUAUGUGUGGAACAGGAUAAAUGCAUUCCUAAUCACCCUCUUGUCUUUUAAACUUCCGGAAUUUUAAACAAGGACACGUUAAUGCUAGCGUCUUACAUAGACAAACAGAAAACAGAACACAUAUAUAAUUGAACAGAGAAAUAUGGUUUUCGAAAACAUACCACUAUAACUGUACAGCAAAUUUUAACACUGCCGUGGAAAAAACAUUUUGAACAUUGUUAAAAAUACAGAACUAUUUAUAAGUACAUGUACUGAUUAUACUGUCUGGUCAAAUUGCUUGUAAUAUUGACUAUUUUGAGUAAAAUUACCAUGGCGACAAUAAACCUGAGGUUGAAAGAAACGUAAAUUGGAAUUCGGAAAUUUUUUAUGGGCAAACUUCUGAAUUUAACUAUAUCUCCUUAAAUUCUGUCCCUUUUAUCAUUUACCUCAUAUUAGGUAGAAUCACCAUUUUUUUUUGUUCAGGGCCAACCGCAUAAGGUCAAAGGCACUGCGGUCAGAUAACAUGGUCAUAUUGGUAAAACUUUUAUAGCAAG